AUGGCAGCGAUGAAUUCGUCGUCGGAGAAGAAGGAAGAGAGCUCAGAGGAGAAAGGAGGUGAGUUGUUGUUCUGUGGUGCUACGGCUUGGGAUAUCAUUGGACGACGUAAAGGUGGGAUCGAUGGUAACUUGGUUUCUCCUACUCGUUUAAGGCCACUCGUCGGCGUCAACAUUCGAUUCGUCGCUUCUGGUUGCGCUUCCUGUCAUUGUGUGGCAUUGGAUGUUGAAGGUCGUUGCUAUACUUGGGGACGCAAUGACAAAGGUCAAUUAGGUCAUGGAGAUACGAUUCAACGUGACAGGCCAACGGUUGUGUCAGGACUCUCAAAGUACAAAAUUGUGAAAGCUGGAGCAGGGAGGAACCACACGGUAGUGGUGAGUGAUGAGGGCCAGUCCCUUGCUUUUGGCUGGAAUAAGCAUGGGCAGUUGGGUUUGGGUUCAACCAAAAACGAAGUUGAAUCGUCGCCUCUUCCCUGUCUUGUGUCUGAGGAGGUCACAAACAUUGCCUGUGGGGCUGACUUCACUGUCUGGUUAUCUUCUGCUGAAGGAGCCUCUAUACUGACUGCUGGUCUCCCACAGUAUGGUCAACUUGGUCAUGGAACUGAUAAUGAGUUCAAUAUGAAGGAUAGCUCAGUUAGACUCGCCUACGAAGCACAGCCACGUCCCAAAGCCAUAGCCUCUCUUUCGGGGGAAACAAUUGUUAAAGUUGCAUGUGGAACUAAUCAUACUGUGGCGGUAGAUAAGAAUGGGUUUGUUUACACAUGGGGCUAUGGUGGUUAUGGAAGGCUUGGACAUAGGGAGCAGAAAGAUGAGUGGGCUCCUCGCCGUGUUGAUGUGUUUCAGAGGAAUAAUGUUUUGCCUCCUAAUGCCAUUGUUACUGCUGGCAAUGCAAACUCUGCUUGUACCGCUGGUGGAGGACAGUUGUAUAUGUGGGGAAAGAUAAAGAACAAUGGUGAUGAUUGGAUGUACCCUAAACCUAUGAUGGAUUUAAGUGGUUGGAACUUACGUUGGAUGGAUUCAGGAAGCAUGCACCAUUUUGUUGGUGCGGAUAGUUCUUGCAUAAGUUGGGGUCAUGCUCAGUAUGGAGAACUUGGUUAUGGCCCAAACGGUCAAAAAUCCUCUGCAGCGCCUAAAAAGGUCGAUAUACUCGAGGGAAUGCAUGUAAUGGGUGUGGCAUGCGGAUUUUGCCAUUCUAUGGUCAUAGUUGACAGAACAGAUAUCGCUGAUCGGCUUGAGCAGCUCGAGAUCUACGACGGAAAAGGAUCAUUAGAAGAGAGUGUAGAAGUCGAGGAAGAAACUGUGCCUGUAACAAAACAACAAGCUGCUCCUAAAAGAGGAGCUCCCAAAAAGAGGAAAGCAAAAGCUUCGUCUGAAUCUGAAGAAGAGAGUGAUGACGAAAACAGCGACAAGGAGAAGGAAGCUCAAGGCAGUGACGCGGACAGUGACUACAGUGAAGAUGGAGAAGAAGCCAAUGGCAAGAAACAGAGCACUCGUGGCAGAGGACGUGGCCGUGGAGGUCGUGGAGGACGUGGCGGCCGUACAAGUAACGGAAAGGCUCCGGCGGUAAAGACCGGUGGAAGAAGAGGAAGGCCGCGGAAGUCUUAA